ACCGGCACAUCACUUGCGAUUUCUCAUUCCUCGGCCAACCUAAACAGGAUGUAACAAGCAUCGGGGUUUUGCGCAGGAAGAAAAAAAUCGCAUAUUAUCCGAGCGUGCUUUUUUUUUUGGCAUUUUCAAGUCUCACGCCGGCGGGAAUCCUCAGCUUUAUAAUGGAGCCAAACAAUGGUGUUAAGGAGAAUGUUGGUCGCGUCGUAAUCAAUGUAAGCGGAGCGAUCUUCGAAGUAAGCGAAAGCAAGUUGCUUCAUUUCCCUCAGUCGCUACUGGGCUGCCCUCAGAAACGGAGCAAAUAUUUUGACUCUCAGCGCGAGGAGUAUUUCUUCGAUCGUCACCGACAAGCAUUCGAGGGUAUACUGUUUUACUAUCAAAACGAAGGGAGAUUAGUUUAUCCGGACAAUGUGCCAUCAGAAGUUUUUGAUGAAGAAGUUAAGUUUUUCAUGCUCCCCGUUGAGCCAAACAGCUGUGAGAAGUUGGAAAGGGUUAUACUCGGCGAUUACAACCGCUCGCGUCCUCUGAAUAUUUGGCAGAGGACACUCUGGGAAUUGUUCGAGUUUCCCAAUUCAUCGCUGGCUGCAAAAAUUCUGGCAGUUCUCUCGCAGGUGUUUAUUAUCGUAUCUUUAGUAGGUUCUUGUCUGAAAACUGUCGAAUCGCUUCAACCAGAGCGUACCAAGGUGAUAGAAAACUUUCAGAACCAUAACAAGUCUGUUUACCGAGAUUUAACGCCGUCUGAGUUACAUGACGAUGACUGGUUUUCAUUCGAUCUUGUUUGCUACAGUUGGUUCACCUUGGAGUGUGCUGUGCGGUUACUCGCGUCCCCAAACAAAAGCGAAUAUUUCAAAUUGCUUCCGAAUUGCGCAGAUUUUGCUACGAUCUUGGUUUUUUAUUUGGAACUCAUUGUGAAAAUGGCUUGGCCCUCGGCCACCGUGGUGGUCCGUUUACUGGAAACUUUUGCGGUCAUUCGAAUAUUAAAGUUAGUACGAUACUGCGAGGGAAUGAAAAUCCUGGUUAUUACUGUCGUAUCAGGCAUCAAAGACCUAGGCCUUUUGGUAACGUUCGCCACAACCUUUGUUAUUUUGGGCUCGAGUGCGGUAUUUUUUGUAGAACUGAACGAGCAGGAUACUAGUGACUUUAAGAGUAUUCCCGAUGCAUUUUGGUGGGCGAUAAUAACAAUUUGUACAGUUGGUUAUGGCGAUAAAGUUCCUGUCACAACACCGGGAAAGUUUAUGGGGGCUAUCUGCGCUGUACUUGGUACUGUAACAGUUGCUCUGCCUCUGUUCCGCUUCGCUGCGCAUUUUCGCACGAGUAUCGAACACUCCUCUUACAUUCUACCGCGUCGCGAUAGAAAAGUUUCUUCUUCGAGACGAAAAAGUCGAUGAAAUAGCUUUGAUAAUUCGUUUUAGAGAUGAUUUCCGCUCUAUAUUUCAUGUAAUUUCUAACUUAGCGACAAUGAAAAUUUAGAUUAAAAGGAGAAAAAUAGAUUCUACACACGAACAGGACACCGAGGCGAUAUGAUUUUAUGCAAAAAGAUCAUUAUGUCAAGAAUAAGAAAAUAUUAAUUUGAAAAGAGAUUUUGU